GAGGCAAGGAGCCAGACUCAGGAGCAGAAAGCAGAACCAGAGAAACGGUAAGACCAGGCUUGUUUUUGUAUCCUGCAGGACACCAUGAAGCUGCAAACCGUCCUUCUCUUAAUCUGCCUGUUCAGAUCAAGCUUUGCUUUGCCGGUACAGAUUGGCAUCAUUGCAAGUAACAGCAAUGAGAUCCUGAGACUGAACGGGUUAACUCUUGCAGCUCUCGGACAAACACAGGCCUCGUCAAUAUUACCACAGUAUGUGUUCCAGCAGCAGCAGCCUGACGUGUUACUCACCCCACAGUUGGUGAACUUUAACCCUCAGCUGGGAGGUCCUUUUGGAGCCCAGGGACCCCAGCUGUUGUUCCCCAACCAGGGCAACCAGCUCACACCUGUAGUCAUCCCGAACGGCCAGCAAGAGCAGCAAGGGCCUCCACUGGACCCCAACAAUCCUAAUGUGCCUCAGCAGGCCCAAAACCACAUGCAGAUGUUCCCACAGUUUCACUAUCCAUCUUACGGAUUUCCUCAGAUACACAGACAGCAGGGUUACCCAUACUUUGUGCCACCUUACGGUUACCCCCAGCAGAGGAAUACAGUCGUGCUGCAGCCCAACAACGGUCAGCAGAACCUGGAGAGAGCCACGCAGAGACCACAGCUCCCUCUGCAGCAGGCUUCCAAACCAAAGCUGCAGACUGAAAAAACUUGGCCACAGGGAACGCAUAAACAGUCCACUACAGUUCCACCUGAUCCUCGUGGUGACGCAUCUGGCCCUGGGGUUGAUGAGGGUAACGGCAACUUCCCCUUCCUGUUCGAGCCUUAGAAGUCACCUGGGAACUAACAACAAGGCAAACAAAACAUUAUAGUGUCUUUGGUUAGUAGCAGUUGCUUUCACAACAUGUUAAAUAAAGAACAUUGCCCAACUGAA